CUACGGCGAGGGGAGUGGCGGCGCGGGGCGCCUGGCUCGGGACGGCUCGGCUGGGCUCGGCGGGGCCGCCAUGCUGCUGCUGGGCCCGCGGCGGCUGCUGGGCCGCUGGCGGUUGCUGUGCCGCGCCGCCGCCCGUCCCUACCAUGGCGAGGCGGUGGCGGCGGUGGGCUCGCGUCCCGAUGCGGGCUCCACGCUCUACCAGGAAAACUAUGAACGAAUGAAAGCACUGGUAACCGAACUCCAAGAGCAAGCAGAAAAAAUCAGAUUAGGAGGUGGAGAAAAAGCUCGUAAGCUUCACACAUCAAGAGGAAAGCUGUUACCCAGAGAGAGAAUUGACAGGCUUAUUGAUCCCGGGUCUCCCUUCUUGGAGUUCUCCCAGUUUGCAGGUUACCAGCUGUAUGGUAAUGAAGAGGUACCGGCAGGAGGCAUUAUCACAGGCAUUGGACGAGUAUCUGGGGUGGAAUGCUUGAUUGUCGCUAAUGAUGCAACUGUCAAAGGUGGUACCUAUUAUCCCAUCACAGUUAAGAAACAUUUACGUGCUCAAGAAAUUGCAAUGCAAAAUCAUCUCCCUUGCCUAUAUUUGGUUGAUUCAGGAGGAGCAAAUUUGCCUCGGCAAGCAGAAGUAUUUCCAGAUCGAGAUCAUUUUGGCCGUAUUUUCUACAAUCAAGCAGUCAUGUCCUCACAAGGAAUUCCACAGAUAGCAGUAGUAAUGGGAUCCUGUACAGCAGGAGGAGCGUACGUACCUGCAAUGGCUGAUGAAAGUAUUAUUGUUCGCAAACAGGGAACAAUAUUCUUGGGAGGGCCACCACUGGUUAAAGCAGCAACAGGUGAAGAGGUAUCAUCAGAGGAUCUUGGAGGGGCAGAUCUUCACUGCAGAAAAUCUGGUGUAACAGAUCAUUAUGCUUUGGAUGACAGUCAUGCACUUCAUCUAGCAAGGAAGGCUGUAAGAAGUUUAAAUCUCCGAAAGAAAGUAGAUGUGACUAUAGAACCGUCAGAAGAGCCUUUAUUUCCUGCUGAUGAAAUAUAUGGAAUAGUUGGCGACCAGCUAAAAAGAAACUUUGAUGUCAAAGAGGUCAUUGCUAGAAUUGUAGAUGGAAGUAAAUUUGAUGAAUUCAAAGCCUUGUAUGGGGAUACUUUAAUUACAGGAUUUGCAAGAAUAUUUGGUUAUCCAGUAGGAAUUAUUGGAAACAAUGGGGUUCUUUUCUCAGAGUCAGCAAAAAAGGGUACACAUUUUAUCCAGUUGUGUUGCCAGAGAAAUAUUCCGAUUGUGUUUUUGCAGAAUAUUACAGGUUUCAUGGUUGGUAGAGAAUAUGAAGCUGGUGGGAUAGCAAAAGAUGGUGCCAAGAUGGUAACUGCUGUGGCUUGUGCCAAUGUGCCUAAAAUAACCGUGAUUAUUGGAGGUUCUUAUGGAGCUGGAAACUAUGGGAUGUGUGGAAGAGCGUAUAGUCCAAGAUUUCUUUACGUGUGGCCAAAUGCUCGCAUAUCAGUGAUGGGAGGGGAACAAGCUGCAACUGUUCUCGCUACAAUAGCUAAGGACCAAAAAGCAAGGGAGGGAAAACAGUUAUCAGAGGCAGACGAAGCAGCUUUGAAGGAGCCCAUCAUUAGGAGGUUUGAGGAGGAAGGAAACCCUUAUUAUUCCAGUGCCAGAUUAUGGGAUGACGGAAUUAUUGAUCCAGCUGACACAAGACUGGUUUUGGGCCUCAGUCUCAGCGCAGCAUUAAAUGCACCUACAAAGAAGACAGAAUUUGGGGUUUUCAGGAUGUAAACUUAAACAUACACGUCAGAAUUACCUCUGUAUAUUUUAAUUGGGGCCGGAGAGCAAACUAAAUACAGUGUUGAGGUGUUUGAAAAUAAAAAUGGUAUUUUUAAUGGAAAUGUCCUAAUUAUUUAUUUUCUCUGAGUAAUCAUCACACAGUGCUUCAGCAUUUUGAUACUGAUUUGAGAUAGGUCACUUACAGUGCUUGUAUAACACUGCAUUGGAUGAAUAAACUGCAACUUCUAGCAUUAUGUUUGACCAGAAACCUUUGAUCCUAUCUCUUACAUAAAUAAAUCUGCAAAAUAAGCUACAUAUUUGGUGCUUCUCAGCUCCUUUAUUUCUUUUAAUUCUUCUUUGUAUGUCUCCUAUAAAUGUAAAAUAUUCUUGCAAUCCAACAAAAAAAAAUAAUCCACAUUUGCUAGUAAAUAAUUUUUGCAAAAGAGAAGUGCUCUAAGGGCAGCCAGGGAGUUCAACACAGCAUGAAAUUAUAGAUUUCACACAGUUGUUGGCAUUUUGGCUGUUUUCUGGCUUUCAUCCAAAAAAACCAUUGCUCUUCUGUACAGUUCCCUGAAGUCAAAACAAGAAGAGAACCUGAUGGAUGCGCAGUGUUUUCUGGAAGAGCUGGGGAGCGUGUGCUGGUAUCUGUGGGAGCUGUGGGUUGCCAGCAGCGCUGCUGAAGAUGAGGGUUGGCUGCAGAGGUGUUUCAGUGCCCUACUGUGCCGUCCUUCUGGCAAUUGAAGUUUCAUGAAGAGAGAGCCUUCUCCCUCCCCGCGUGGAUCGAUGCUUCACCCAGAACACACGCCUGAAUCCCACUGACUAGGGCUGGAGUGCUUUGGCUAAUCAUCUUAUUUAUUGUAGCUUGUUGCAAUGUAUUGUUUCUCAAGAACUCAGUGUCUGUCAUUUCAUUUUUUUCUAUUUAGAAAUAUUGCACCUUGCAGAAACUAAAUGCUUGGCAUGUAGUGUGUCUAGAAUAAAGAGGCAAAUACUGUG